GCCGAGUCGUCCCAUUCCACCGCGCCUGGCGCAGGCGCGGUACCUCGGGGGCCAAGGACCUGCAGCCCCGCCUCGGUGAGGAAGCCCCGCCUGUGCCCCUUGGCGGCUCGGGUCUCCUGUGGCUACGCGGCAGCAAUGCCCCGCUAUUGCGCAGCGAUUUGCUGUAAGAACCGCCGGGGACGAAAUAAUAAAGAGCGGAAGCUUAGUUUUUACCCGUUUCCUCUACAUGACAAAGAAAGACUUGAAAAAUGGUUAAAGAAUAUGAAACGAGAUUCAUGGGUUCCAAGUAAAUACCAGUUCCUGUGUAGUGACCAUUUUACUCCUGACUCUCUUGACAUCAGAUGGGGUAUUCGCUAUUUGAAACAAACUGCAAUUCCAACAAUAUUUUCUUUGCCUGAAGACAAUCAGGAGAAAGAUCCUUCAAAAAAAAAAUCUCAGAAGAAAAAAUUGAAAAGUGAGAAAGAAGUAUGCCUAAAAGCCAAGUCAGAAGAAUCUUUUUCAUCAAAUGAGCCAAAGAAGCAUCCAGUUAAUACAGAUCUCCUCCCUGAACAUGCAGAAUUACUUGAAUCAUCUGCCUUGGUAAAGCCACCAGAUCCAAAAGCAGAAAGUGUGCAAAAUAACAUAUUAACUCUUAGUCUAGUUAAAGAAGAUACCAGAAAACCAGCAUCUACCUUGCAAACAUCAGUUAACCAAGACAUGGGUAUAGGUGGUUUUCACACAUCAUUUGAGAAUCUAAGUUCUACAACUAUUACUUUGACAACUUCAAAUUCAGAGGGUAUUCAGCAGCCUUUAGAAACCCAAGAAGUGAUUGAAAUAACUACUAAUCAUCUUGCUAGCCCACACUUUACAAAUAAUUCUGUGGAAAUUAAGUCAGCACAGGAAAAUCCAUUCAUAUUCAGCACAGUUACUCAAACAGUUGAAGAAUUAAACACUGAUAAAGAAUCCGUUAUUGCCAUUUUUGUACCUACAGAAAAUUCCAAACCUGCAAUUAAUUCUUUUAUACCUGCCCCCAAAGAAACAGUGGAAAUGGAAGAAGAUAUAGACAUUGAAGACUCAUAUAAGGAUGAAGACUAUGAGUCAGAAGUUUUACAGAUUGAGCAUUCUUACUGCAGACAAGAUAUAAAUAAGGAACAUCUUUGGCAGAAAGUGUCUAAACUACAUUCAAAGAUAACUCUUCUUGAGUUACAGGAACAACAAACUCUAGGGAGAUUGAAGUCUUUGGAAGCUCUUAUAAGGCAGCUAAAACAGGAAAACUGGCUAUCUGAAGAAAAUGUCAAGAUUAUAGAAAACCAUUUCACAACAUAUGAAGUUACUAUGAUAUAGAUUAAGAGGUUUUCAAGUUUGUGGCUUUCAUGUAAGAUUUCUGUUAGCCAAACCAAAUUCUGUGUAAAGUGAACUUUUUCCUGUGUAAAGUUCUUAACCUUAAUGAAGCUAAGCAAGUGCUCUAAUGUUAUGAACUGCAUCCUAUUCUUGUUAUGCUCAUUUUUUGAAAACAACUAGAGAGUUGUUGGGUAGAUGACAUUUCAUUGCUUGUUAAUUUUUCAAAUUUAAAGUAAAAAUAUAGUGAAUAAGUAAUAUGAUUCAGUCAUAAAAUGAGAGAACACAGAUAUGGUAAACAAGAGCCCAGAAUAGAAGUCAGGUUCCGGAAUCAGUCGUGAUUCCACCAUUGAGAUGUGUCUUGGACAAGUUACUUAUUGAGUCCUAGUCUCUUAAUUUGUAGAAGGAGGGCACUUAACUAGAUCUCUUACACAGUCUGUUUCUUUGUAGUUUCUUCCCUUUUUAGAAGAUACUUUUAAUGGAACAAGUUUUCUGUAUGAUAAUCUUAUACUUACACAAAAGUGGAUGCUGGCUAGAAUUUUCUAUUACCUGUUGGAAUCGUCUCAAUAUGUAUUAAAUUCUGUGUUGCUUGACCUUUGGGCUGUAAUUGUUUGUAUUAUACAGCUUCCUUGUUGGCUCAAGCAGUAAGGAAUCCACCUGCAGUGCAGGAGAUCCAGGCUUGAUCCCUGGGUCGGGAAGAUCCCCUGGAGAAGGGAAUGGCAACCCACUCCAGUAUUCUUGCCUGGAGAAUCCCAUGGACAGAGGAGCCUGGAGGUCUACAGUCUGGGGGGUCACAAAGAGUCGGACAUGACUGAGUGACUAAUAUUUUUUAUAUUUUACCGGAAAAUACUCCUGUUAGGUUUUAUUCCAGUUGAACUAAAAUAAGGAAUCAACCAUUAGCCUAAUUCCUAGGAGAGGUACUUUAAACUUGAAAGAAUAUGUAUCUUUUAUGUAGCUGACCAUCAUAGUACAGAGUUAUUUAAACUUCUUGACACCCUGUGAUUAAAGUUAUUUUUAUAAACCAAAAAUUUCAAUGAGGUUAAUUUUUAAAAUAUUUUUUAGGAAUUAACAGUUUGUAUCUAUUUAAAAUGUAUAACCUUUAAACAUGUGCUUGUGUCCUUUUAAAAUUCCAGAAUAAUAGAAUAAUACUUAUUAUUAUACCUUCCCACUUACAUGUAUUUUAUUAAAAGAAAUUAUAGAUAGGUGGUGAUGACCAUGGCUUUCCAGGUGGUGCAAUGAUAAAAAAUCUGCCUGCCAAUGCAGGAGAUGCAGGUUGAUCCCUGGGUUGGAAAGAUUCCCUGAAGUAGGGAAUGGCAAGCCACUCCAGUAUUCUUGCGUAAAAAAUUCCUAGGACAGAGUAGCCUGACAGGCUACAGCCCAUGAAGUUGCAAAGAGCUGGACGCGACUGAGCACGCACACGUGGUAAUGACCUUAGGGAGACAAGUAGGAAAGAGAUGAAGGAUGGUUUUUUUAUUUCUAUGAGGUAAUAAAUGUGUUUUGGUGCUGGAAAAUAGGACGUGCUCAAUAAAUAGUUGACUACACAGCAGAUAGUAUUUUAAUUGUUUUUCUAAGUGGAUGGUGAUUAUUUGGGGUCAUAUUUCACUUAGUUUUUUAGGCUAAUAAAAUAAUAUUAUAUGAAUGUGUGUCACCUAACGAUAAAAACAAGUUGAUCAGAGGUGUCCUUAUAACCUUGGGGGGGGAAAAUCCUUAACAUUUUUGUAUAAAUUAUGUACAUAUAACUAAUAAAGUUGAUAUAUUAUUUUUAAGUUCCAUUUUGAUAAUAUUGAAAAUACAUACUCUAAAUGUAAAUAGCCCUUUUAAGUCAUUUUAAAGUGUUGUACAUUGUAGUUAUGUUCUAUUUUUAGUUUACUCAGGAAUAAUUUUGGAGAUGGCAAUGGCAACCCACUCCAGUGUCCUCCCCUGGAGAAUCCCAGGGACGGGGGAGCCUGGUGGGCUGCCGUCUGUGGGGUCGCACAGAGUUGGACACGACUGAAGCAGCUUAGCAGCAGCAACAAUAAUUUAAACUAAUUGUAUUUCUUUAAAUUACUAUAUUACACGUAUCUAAAAUACUCUUGACUUUCGUAUAUUCAGUUCAGAAUGUUCCAACCUAACUCAGUUAACUGUUAAAUUUUAUUUGGGGGUUUUGACCAACUUUAUUUCUUACUUGGAUUAUUAUAGGAACUCUUAACUAGUAGUACGUAUAUUUUGGACCUCCUGCUUUUGUAUCUUCCUGGACUCAGCUGUUAAGUUUUUUACCUAAACUAUACAUCUAGCUGUAUCACCUGUGUACCACUUAACUGUCCUAGCUCAGAAAUCGGUAAUCACCCUUUAAUACCUACAGAAUAAAUCAAAACUUGUUUCCAUCA